AACUAGCGAGCUAACGGGCCAUAGCCGGUUAACGGUGCUGAUUUAGUUUAGCUAUUUUGCGGCGCUUUGCAGCGCUGCUCCUAGUAUUCUCUCAGGCACUACGUGUUUAUAACAAUAUUUUCCAUCCAUGGUUAACAAACACAGAACACAAGUGAACUGUCGGUUCUGUCGGAGGUGGGAGUUGAAUAACCUUCUGACCAGGGAAUUCUGCCAGGGGGAGGUGGAGGACAUUGAGUCCCACUGGACUAUGUUCCGCGCCUCCAUUGCUGAGGCGGCCGACCGGAGCUGUCCUGUCGUGACGGCAAUCCCACAAUACGUUGGUGGACACCAAUUUAGGGAUGCCGUCAAGAUGAGGUGUCCUACAGGGCCUUUUUGAGGCAUCUGAUGGGUACCAAGAGGAAUGCAGCUUUGUGCUCGCUGAGGGCAAAAACCCGGGCGUGGGAGAAGUUCAGUGAGGCCAUGGAGAACGUCUCCAGGAUGGCUUCAUAGAAACUCUGGUCCACCGUUCAGCGUCUCAGGAGGGGGAAGAAGUGCAGCGUCAACACUGUGUAUACUAGUGAGGAUGGGGUGCUGCUGACCUCGACUCGAGACAGUGUGAGUUGGUGGGGAGAAUACUCCCUGGUCAGGGCUAUUCAUGGGUGCUGGAGAGGAGGGUCCGUCGGGAAGUUGCAUCAAAGAUUCAGGAGGAGCAAUGUGGUUUUCGUCCUGGCCAUGGAACAGUGGAUCAGCUCUACACCCUUGUCAGGGUCCUCGAGGGUGUAUGGGAGUUCUGCCAACCAGUCUACAUGUCUUGUGGAUUUGGAGAAUGUGUUCGACCAUGUCCCUCGGAGAGUCCUGUGGGGGGUGUCCUUCGGGAGCAGUUCCGGUGAUGGCCAACCCCCUGCCCGUCUGCUUCUUCCUCAUACUGGCGCAAUUGGCCGGGUGGCCCAUGUGCCAGGCGGGUGACUGCAAGGGUCACCGGCAGGUGUUGAGGGGCCCGCCGGGCUACGUGACGGACGGACCAGGGAACUACUCGGUCAAUGGCAACUGUGAAUGGCUCAUUCAAGCUCCGAGCAGGAGCAGUCGCAUUGUGCUGAACUUCACCUUCAUGGACACGGAGUGCACUUAUGACUACCUCUUUGUGUACGACGGGGAUUCUUACCAAAGCCCCUUGCUGGCUAGUUUGAGCGGAAACACCUUGCCGCAGCCGAUCGAGGCUAAGUCUGGGAAGAUGCUGCUUCAUCUCUUCAGUGAUGCCAACUACAACCUGCUGGGCUUCAACGCUACCUACACCUUCUCCGUGUGUCCCGGCGCAUGCGGCGGCCACGGGCGCUGUGACUCGUCAACGCACAAGUGCCACUGCCACCAGGGCUGGGGUGGGGCGUCCUGUACGAACCUGCUGUGCCCUCAAGCCUGUGCAGUGCAUGGCCAAUGUGACAAGAAAGGAGAGCGCUGCCUUUGCAAUGCUGGAUUCCUGGGUCACAGUUGCCAACUUGGUCUCCAUGAUGACAGCGGGGCGGGACGAUGGUGGCAUGUUAGUGAGGGAGACCCCUACAUGUCGCCCAGGACGGGUUCCGCUGGUGUGUACCUGUCCUCCACUGGAGCGUUGUACUUGUUUGGAGGAUUUGACCUGAACAGAGCACUUGGUGACUUGAAUAAAUACAAUUUUACAUCUAACCAGUGGGAGAGCAGGUCUUACGGUCACUCACCUUUGGCACGGCAUUCCCACACCGCUGUGGAGUGGGCGGGGAACAUGGUAAUCUUUGGCGGGGAGCUGUCUAACGGAUCUUUGGCGAGCGACGUCUGGAUGUACCGCCCCCUGCAGGAUGAUUGGCAGCAGGUUGGCUUUCCAAAUACCAGAGGUGCACCCAGUCUGGCCAAUCACGCCGCAGCCAUAGUGGACAGUUAUCUAUAUGUAUUUGGAGGUCGCACUGAGGAGGACAUGUUUUCCUCCUCCCUGUAUCGAUUCAGCCUGCGAGGCUCUGGUCGGUGGGAGAUUGUCCAGCCCACCGGUGGGAAGCCCCCAGCCACUGCUGGCCACUCCAUGGUGUUCCACAGCCCCUCCAGGACCCUGUUGGUCUACGGGGGUCACCGACCGACCACCGCCAGGUUCAGCGUAAGGGUGAACAACACCGACGCAUUCCAUGUGGACCAACGCUUUUGGACAGCGUUCCGCUCCCGUUACCCGGCAACAGGACCCCGAGAGAGAGCUUUCCACUCAGCAACUGUCAUUGGAAACUACAUGGUGGUCUAUGGUGGUAAUGUUCACAUCCACUACCAAGAGGAGAAGUGCUAUGAUGAGGAGAUUUUUUUUUACCAUUUGGGCUGUCACCAGUGGGUGUUGGCAGGCGAAAAAUGGUCACUCAGUGGUAAGGCCGUCAACGGGCGCUAUUCCCAUGUUGCUGCAGUAAUGGAGGGGCGGGUGCUGCUUGUUGCUGGGGGUUACAAUGGUGUCACCCGCGGAGACUUGGUGGCCUUCAAAGUCCCCCUGUUUGUCAGUAGCAAUGAAGGCGACAGGGAUGCUCUUUGCGCUGAGGCUCUGGAUGAAAGCAUGUGUCUGAAGAACCCAGAAUGCAGCUGGUGUGAAGGCCGUUGUCGAGAAUAUCAGCCCACUAAUCAGUGCGGCAGCACCGGCUGUCUGGGCCUGGCGCGCUUCCUGUCCGACUGUCAGUCCUGUCUAGUGUUUAGCGGCACGCCAGCAACACUAGCCCGAGCACCCGGUGAAUUCGGUUGGUGUGUUCAGAAUGAGUCCUGCCUGCCUGUGUCAGAGCAAUUUGCGUGCCGUGUGGACCAGAUCUCAGGCGCGUACGGCUGGUGGGGGGAGCGUACCCUUUUCCUAACCUCCCUCCACUCCUGUCGCACCGAGAACUAUGUCCCGGGACUGCACCUGCUCACCUUCCAGCAUCCCCGCAACGACUCCCAGCCUGACAAGGUUUCCAUCCUGCGCAGCACCACCAUCAUUCUCAGCCCAACGACCGAGAUGGACGUGGCCCUGCAGUUCAGGGGCUUUAUUCACCCUUUGUGGGGGGUACCCACGGCCCCUCCUUCAGAGACUGUCUCCGUGUGGGCUCGCAUCCAGAGACUUCACUUUGAGGCCCGAGUGGCGUCGGGCCCCAACUCCAGCCAAUUGGAGUUGGUUGGUCGUUGGGCGGCUCAGCAGGAGAAAGAGUCAAAGCUGCUGUCUCGUGCCGAUGGGAGUAAACUGUUCUCCAACCUGACCAGAGGUAACCAUUAUCUGGUCCAGGCUGAGGGUUACCUCAACAACUCAGGGUCAGGGCAAACAAGUGAGAUGGCCCUUAUUUGGAACAGAACUCUGCCGGGAGGGAGCGAAAUCUCUUUCCUGUUCUUGGAGCCCUACCGGUCAGGUUCCUGUACAGGCUACAUGUCCUGUCUGGCCUGUAUGUCAGACCAGUCAUGUGGCUGGUGUCCAUCUCUGUCCCGCUGCCUGCUUCGGGAUAGCCCCAAACUAGAGCCCUGCCCUGAGGAGGAGCCGGGAGAAUUAAUGGGAGAGAUGGCUCAGCGCUAUCUACUGCUGUCGCCCCAGCACUGCACCCUGUGUGAAGAGUACAGGGACUGUUCGGCUUGUACUCAGGAUCCUUACUGUGAGUGGCAGAUCAACUCCAGCAAGAAAGGUGAUUACCAGUGCAGUCGGAGAGGACGCCUAGAUGGGUCCAUACGCCAUCCAGCGGGCUGUCCCAGAGUCUGCAACCAGCGGAAGACAUGUUCAGAGUGCCUCUCCAACUCCAGCCAGUGUGCAUGGUGUGAGUCAGCCCAGGCCUGCUUCUAUUUCGCUGCUUACCUGACCAAAUACCCAUAUGGAGAGUGCAGGGACUGGUAUGACAGUGUGCAUUCACUUCCGCAAUGCAAGCAGUGUUCUGCUUUAAACACUUGCACCGACUGCCUGCGAACAUUCCAGUGCGGCUGGUGUGGCGACUACAACAACCCCACCAUUGGAAAAUGUUUGAGAGGUGAUUGGGCUGGACUGGAUGACCCAUCUGUGUUUAAUUGCAGUGUGGCUGUAGCUGAAGCCCGAGCUACUAACCCUGAACCACAGACCUCUGCCCCGCCUCGUCCUCUGGACAUGGAGAUAGAGCUGGAGCACAUGGAGAGCGAAGACCAGGAUGCUGUGUGGUCCUACCCCACUUGCCCUGAUGUUGAAGAAUGCCGCCUUGGCCUCCAUAACUGUCACCUCUUCGCCACCUGUAUCAACACCCCCACCUCUUAUGAAUGCCACUGUGAGCGAGGCUAUAUGGGGGACGGAACUUUGCACUGCAAUCAGACGUGCUACAAUGAGUGCAGAGAGGGUCAAUGCAGUGGCAGCCCACGCUUCGAAUGUGAAUGCUCUUUGGGUUGGACCUCUGACCCUGCCACUCUUGUUCUGAGUGGCGUCGAAUGUGAUGUGGACUGCGGGUGCAACUUCCACUCCACCUGCAUUACUGCGCCAGGGAUCUGUGAUGAAUGCCAAGACUGGACGACAGGGCCCCACUGUGAGCACUGCCGCCCGGGGAGCUAUGGCUCGGCCCUGGCCGGUGGUGGUGGUUGUGUACAAUGUGAAUGUAAUGGCCAUGGGGACCCACUGCGAGGAUACUGCCACAACCAGACGGGCCAGUGCUACUGCACACAUAACACCCAGGGCCCACACUGUGAGUCCUGCCUACUUGGAUACUACGGUGACCCCAGCAACAACGGAACAUGCUAUCGCCAGUGCCAGGGGCGCUCUGUGCUGCUCUCCUCUAGCUCCUCUUCUCCUUCUGUACCUCUCUCAUCAUCCCUGGGCUGGCGGAGUGGCACAGAAGGAAACGGUGGACUCUCCCAUUGCCUGUGGGUCCUUUCAGUGACUGAGAGCCUGGCGCCCUGUCUCCCGGGACAGCCGUGUCCACCCGUUGCCCUCACGCUGCAUCCGGACUCCCGUACUCAUUGUAAAAGCUCAUACGUGUAUGUUUUUGACGGCCUUCCUCGUCUCCUUGGCAACGGAGUUGUACAUUCGGACAACAACCUAAUCGGUGCAUUCUGCGGCACAACACGGACACAGCCUAUUACUGUCGAAGCAACCUCAGGUGUGAUUUCCGUCUACUUUGAGGCCAAUGUGUCAUCGAACAAACCACAAGGCUUCAAUGCAUCUUUCUGGGUGCGGCGGUGUCGCCACAGUUCUGACGAGGGUGACGACGGGUCACUCCCAUGUCCUGGUGGCGCGCAGUGCCAGCGAGGGAUUUGCCAGUGCCCUCUAGGUUAUGGAGGCCCCCACUGCGACCGGCCUGUGUGUCCCCACGACUGUGGCAUUGCAGAGGGACGAGGAGCUUGUAAUAUAACCCUAGGAGUGUGUGUAUGUUCAGAGAACUGGGCUGGCUCUGACUGCGCUGACCCUCGGGAUUCCAACAACUUGAUUUGGGAGACACUUCUGGACACCCAGCUGACAGUGAACCAGGCACACAGGUUCCUCCACAGGAUGGGCCACUCUCUGGUGUCUGGACCUCAUGGCAACCUUUGGAUGUACGGAGGACUCUCUCUUUCAGAGGGCAUUCUGGGAAAUAUUUACCGAUAUUCUGUAUUGGAGCGCCGUUGGACUCAAAUGUUGACAAGUUCGCCAGAUGAGGGUUCCACACCGGCCCCUCGCUAUCACCACGCCGCUGCCCUGCUGAGCAGCCACGAAAUGGGAACCAGUCACAGUUGCAUGCUGGUGGUGGGUGGAGUCACUCAGCAUUCUGUUGCCAUGGACGCUUGGAGUCUGAAUCUUAGCAGUUUGGUCUGGAGAGAGCACAAGAGCUCAGUGCUGCCCCCAGUGGCGGGCCACACGCUGACAGUGCGUCGGGACAACUCAGUGCUCUUGAUUGGCGGUUACUCCCCAGAGAAUGGCUUCAACCAUCACUUGCUCGAGUUCAGCCCUCAUACUGGAAAUUGGACGGUCGUGGCGCACACUGGCACGCCACCAACAGGCUUAUACGGCCAUUCGGCCGUUUACCACGAGCAGACUGAUGCCGUCUACGUGUUUGGAGGUUAUCGUUUCCACGUGGAAGCAGUGGAACCGUCAGGCGAGCUUUAUAGCCUGUACUACCCGAACUUCACAUGGUCUCUCCUGGUACCCUCACAGGGUAAUAAGCCCCACUCCCGUUUUUUCCACGCUGCAGCCCUGAUGAAAGACACUAUGGUCAUCGUUGGGGGAAGAACAGAAUUGGAGGAUUAUAGCGACUCGGUCUUCUUGUACCAAAUCAACUGUAACACCUGGAUCCAACCAGACUCUUCCAUCGGCGUUCCGGUCAAUCGCUCGGUGUCUCUUGCUAUGACAAGCUGGGGCGGCAGCCUCUUCUUGUCAGGGGGCUUCAACGGUGUUACCUUGGGGCGUCUUUUGAACCUAACAGUGCCGGCUGACCCCUGUUCUGUGAUGGCCUCGCCGGAAACCUGUAACACCACCACCGGCAGCUGCAUUUGGUGCCGAGGGGCCUGCACAUCUUCCGAUAGUGCUGAACGAAUGGGAUGUUUCACUGGUCAGUCACCCUGUUCGCCAACCCCUCGUCAGCCAGAUCAGUGCCGUAGGCUUAAGACGUGCAGCGAAUGCCUCGCCCGACACCCCAAGACAUUCUCCGGUCCAUCGCAGCCCGCUUUCCAGUGCAAGUGGUGCACCAACUGCCCCGAGGGAGCUUGCAUCAGCAGCGCAGUGAGCUGCACGUCUGAACACGACUGUCGAAUCAACCAGCGUGAGAUCUUCCUCUCCAGCAAUUGCACGGAAACCAGCUGCGAGGCUUCUGACUGCCCUAAGUGCACGGCGUCUGGCAAAUGCAUGUGGACUCGGCAGUUCAAACGCACGGGCGAGACACGGCGCAUCCUGAGCGUCAACCCCACCUACGACUGGACAUGCUUCAGCUAUGCCCUGCUCAAUGUCUCGCCAAUGCAGGUGGAAUCCUCACCGCCGCUGCCAUGCCCUCCGCCCUGCCACACCCUCCUCAACUGCAGCCUCUGUUUAAGUUCCAGAGGCUCUGAUGGGGGCUGGCAACACUGUGUGUGGAGCAUGGCUCUACAGCAGUGCAUGAGUCCGUCGUUUGUGCCACUGCGAUGUGAAGCGGGCCAGUGCGGUCGUCUUCUCUCCGCCGACGACUCCUGCUCUCCCCAAUGUUCCCAGCUCACCCAGUGCUCCCAUUGCAUCGCCAGGCCUCAGUGCGGCUGGUGUGCCACGCAGGGAGGAAAUGGGGUGGGAUACUGCCUUCAAGGGGGACUUGAUGGUGUGAGUGAGGGCGUGUGUCCGCUCAGAAACAGCAGCUGGUCCUUCCUGCACUGUCCAGAGGAGGAUGAGUGCGCCAAUGGCCAUCACCACUGCAACACCACCCAGGACUGCCAUGAUCUUCCUCAAGGAUACCACUGCACUUGUAAACAGGGAUACAUUCUCAGCAGUGUGAGUGCUCAGUGUGAGCCGGUGUGCGCACAGGGCUGUGUGAACGGGACGUGCGUUUCCCCUGGCGUGUGCCGCUGUCACUUUGGCUUCGUGGGGGACAACUGCUCCUCCCAAUGCAGCUGCAAUAAGCAUAGCAACUGUGCUAGCGUUGCUAAACCUGACAUUUGCCUCGAAUGCCACAACAACACCAUCGGGAAGCAUUGCGAGAAGUGCAAGCCGCUAUUCGUGGGCUCAGCCAAAGGCGGUGGCACCUGUCGGUCCUGCAGGGAGUUUUGCCGGGGGAACAGCGCUUUGUGUUUAUCCCGCGAUGAACACAAGAAAGCCCAGGAGAACCCGCGCCGCUUUCCCCUGGAGGCCAACAGUAUCCACAACUGGGUAUCUGAGGGCCCCACCGAAGAGAAUGCCGUGUGUGUGAGCUGCCAAAACAACAGCGUCGGUGACAAGUGUGAGAGCUGCCUCAGUGGCUACUUCCUGCUGCAGGGAAAGUGUGAGAAGUGUCAGUGCAAUGGCCACGCAGACACGUGCAACGAGCAUGACGGCACUGGUUGCCCAUGCCAGAACAACACUGAGACCUCCUCCUGUCUCAGUAGCCCGCAAAGUGACCGUAAAGACUGUUACAGACAACAGUGUGCCAAGUGUAAAGACUCCUUCAACGGCACCCCGGUGAACGGGCGGCAGUGCUACCGGCAGUUCAAUGUGGACACCGAGUGCUGCUUCGACCCCACGUCGCAGACCAACUGUUUCCACGACCCGGCCAUCCGCAACUUGCCGAGGGGUCGCACGGUCUUCUUCGCUGCGCAGCCCAAGUUCACCAACGUGGACAUCAGAGUCACCAUCGACGUGACUUUUGGCGAGGUGGAGGUGUACGUGUCAAACUCGCACGACACCUUCAUCGUAGACGUGGACCGCCGCUCGGGCGUCCAUGCUAUUAAGAUAGAGGAGGAGUCGCGAGGGACUAUGAUGGUGGGAGUGGACAAGGACUCACCGCAGUCCCAGAUCAAGGUUUUUGCCAACGCCUCCUCCAGUCUUGGUGGGGGCAUUAUUUCCCAUAAUCCACUGCAACUGCAGGCAAAGCCCACAGGCUCGGAGAGGGAGAUUCGUGAGGAGCACGCCAAAGGCCUCAUUUCUUAUAUCACCGUAUGGAAACCACAGACGGUUCUGAUCGUCCGUGGUGUUCGGGACCGGGUGGUCAUCACCUUCCCGCACGAGGUGCACUCCCUGAAGUCCAGCCGCUUCUACAUCGCUCUCCGAGGGGUAGGAACAGUGGCCAACCAGGGCGAAUCCCAAGGCCUGCUCUUCUUGCGCCAGGACCAAGCCCACAUCGACCUAUUUGUCUUCUUCUCUGUCUUCUUCUCCUGCUUUUUCCUCUUCCUGUCAGUCUGCGUGCUCCUGUGGAAGGUCAAGCAGUUUCUGGACUUCCGCCGAGAACAACGGCGACAUAUCCAGGAGAUGACUAAAAUGGCGUCACGUCCUUUUGCCAAGCUGACCAUCUACUUGGAACCGGACGAGCCCCAGCUCAUCUAUCUUCCGUCGACCGGUGGCGGGGGCGGCGGCAUGUCGGUCACUCACUCCCGCUCCACCAAGCUCGGAGGGGUGAUGGUGGGGCAGAGGGGCCGCACCGGAGCGGUGUCUUACAAACAUGACCUGGGCUCUGGGCCGGCAGGGCACCACCAGCACCACCUUGCCCCAGGCGGGGGCAACAACGGCCAGCACCUCCCUCUGCACUACCUGAACACCCACCACUACGCUGGCACCACCACCGGCACACAAGCCUCGCUGCAACACCACCCCUCCACAUACAGCGGCUACCAGCACUUCUGCCGUUCGGACCCCUUCCUCUCACAGCUCAUGGGAUUCUCCUACUCCUCCUUCAAGGUGGGGCCCAUCACUCUAGAGCCCACAGACGACGGCAUGGCCGGGGUGGCCACCGUCCUUUUCCAGCUCCCUGGCGGGGUCUUGGCUCCCAAUCGGGCGUGCUUGGGUUCAGCACUGGUGACGCUGCGGCAGAACCUGCAGGAAUACUGCGGCCACGGCAACGGAGGCGGGCACACAGGGGCGGGUGGCAGCCGCAAGGGACUAAUCGGGCAUCAACACCUUACCACUAUGGCCAUGUAGGGACCAAGACCAAGGCAAAGAAAGAAUUACUGCAUUUUCCUCGUACCUGCUGACAGUGGCAUAUUGGUUAGCACGUUAGUACUGUUGUCAGACACUAAAUUAUGAAACUUUUUCGGGUUUUUAUCUUUGUCUCAAGUGGACAGAACAUUGCCUCAAAGUUUGAUGAUCAUUUUGUGGCUUUGCACUAAAAGGAUGAUGCAAGGGCCCACUCAUCACCGCUUGCAGCUGUACUUAUUCCUCUUUCAUCAGAUCAAUUUCCUUUUUGAGGCACUGUAUUUUUGCAUGCUGGUGUAUCUUGGUCAUUUUGCAGGUUUGGUAAGGAUCCCCCAAAUAACUACCGGGGAAUGCACCCAAAUGAGCCCCAAUCAGAGGCAGGUGUCCUCGCUAGACAAAUGUGAGACGCUAAGGUUCCCCGCCCUUGCUCUAAAUACGUGUGAAUGAAAUGGAAGUGUGUUGAGAUCCCGUCAUGACAUUAGUAUUAUAGAGUUCUUCAUAAUGGUUUUGUAAAAUGAAGGAAAAAAGCAAUGUUCUGUUUUGAGAACAUGAAAGAAACUUAUGGCUUUGUGUGCUUAUAUUUUGCUGUAUGAGAAAUGUCUGUUUGGCCUGUUUUGCUGGACUGCUUUUUAUUUGAGGCAAUUUGCCUUUCACGGAUGAUUGUAUUAGCAAUUGUAGCUACUGUUUAAAACACCCAGAACUAAGAAUUAAGUUUUGAAAGUACAACGUUACUUCUCUUUAAAACAUCUGUUGAGAGAUAUUAACACUAUUGUUGACAAAAGUGAGACUGAAUGACCUAUCCACUCCGCAGCUUGACUUUGUCUGAGUUAGUUUUUAUGCUGCAGAGCUUUACUGUCACUAAAAGUCACCCAGCCUCAUCCAUGGAAGACACAAUUGGGAAUGGUGCUAUGUAAAUCCCGCUACAUUCAUGUUCUGUUGAAUACUGUCACUUUAAAAAAAAAACCUUGAAUAAGCAUUCAUGA